AUGCGCCGAGUCCUCCGGCUGCUCCUUGGCUGCUUCCUCACCGAGCUGUGCGCCCGCGUGUGCCGGGCGCAGGAGAGAGCUGGGCACGGGCAGCUGGCGCAACUGGGCGGCGUGCUGCUCCUCACAGGGGGCAACCGCUCCGGGGCCGCCUCCGGAGAGGCCGGCGAGGGCGUCGGGGGCUCGGACGCACCGCCGACUCGGGCGCCCACGCCGGACUCCUGUCGGGGCUACUUCGAUGUCAUGGGCCAGUGGGACCCGCCGUUCAACUGCAGCUCAGGCGACUUCAUCUUCUGCUGCGGGACUUGUGGCUUCCGGUUCUGCUGCACGUUUAAGAAGCGGCGACUGAACCAAAGCACCUGUACCAACUACGACACGCCGCUCUGGCUCAACACCGGCAAGCCUCCAGCGCGUAAGGAUGACCCCCUGCACGACCCCACCAAGGACAAGACCAAUCUGAUCGUCUACAUCAUCUGCGGGGUGGUGGCUGUCAUGGUGCUGGUGGGCAUCUUCACCAAGCUGGGGUUGGAGAAAGCGCACCGGCCCCAAAGGGAACACAUGUCCAGAGCCCUUGCGGAUGUCAUGAGGCCACAGGGCCACUGCAACACUGACCACAUGGAGAGAGACCUUAACAUUGUCGUCCACGUGCAGCAUUAUGAGAACAUGGACACAAGAACCCCCAUAAAUAAUCUCCAUACCACCCAGAUGAACAACGCAGUGCCCACUUCUCCUCUGCUCCAGCAGAUGGGACACCCACAUUCAUACCCCAACCUGGGCCAGAUUUCUAAUCCAUAUGAACAGCAGCCUCCAGGCAAAGAGCUCAACAAGUAUGCCUCCCUAAAGGCAGUAGGAAAUUCUGAUGGUGACUGGGCAGUGGCGACACUUAAGUCACCGAAAGCUGACAAGGUCAAUGAUGACUUCUACACCAAGCGAAGGCACCUGGCGGAGCUGGCUGCCAAGGGAAAUCUCCCUCUGCACCCUGUAAGAGUGGAAGAUGAGACCAGGGCCUUCAGCCCGGAGCACGGGCCUGCCCAGCAGAAUGGACAGAAGUCUCGCACUAACAAGAUGCCCCCUCAUCCCCUGGCCUACAACUCGACUGCCAACUUUAAGACCUGGGACCCCAGUGACCAGUCUCUCCGGCGACAGGCUUAUGGCAACAAGGGCAAGCUUGGCAUAGCUGAGUCCGGCUCUUGCGACCCCUUAGGAACUCGCACCCAGCAUUUCCCGCCCACACAGCCAUACUUCAUCACCAACAGCAAAACAGAAGUGACUGUCUGA